CGCAUACCAUGCCCAACUCUACGAUUAGCGCAGAGAAUCCUUUGAAAGGUGGCUGUUUCUGUGGUCAAGCUUCUUACACAAUAACAGCUCCGCCCAAAAUGCGAGCGUAUUGUCACUGCACGGGCUGCCAGCGUCUUAACGCUUGUCCCUACAAUUGGACCAUUCACAACGAUGCCUCGAACUUCACCUUCACUCACCCUCAGCCGCAUGCUGAGCGUCUAGAUUCCUUCGUCAAUCCUGACAAACCAUGGAAGACUCGCUUCAGGUGCAAGACAUGUGGAUGUACCGUCGCCUCGAAGAAUUCCAAGACGAAUAAUGUCAGUGUGUGGGGACCGCAUCUGGAGAGGGAUAAUGAAGGGAUGAUCAAGCGGUCGGAUGAGGUGAAACCUACGGCUCAUAUCUUCUACGGAACGAGGAUUGCGGACGUCAACGACGGACUGCCCAAGUGGGAGGGUUAUGAGGGGACAUCAAACCGGAUGGGAUAGAGCAGUGGUUGAAGUGUUGUACAUGGCAUAGCUUUCGCAAGAUCGUGGGCCAGUGUAUCACUGAAGUUCAACUGGUUGAUGAUUAUUUCUUGGUCUUUACGAGAUCCUCGAGAGCGUUGGUGUUUUGCGUGUUGCUGGGCGUGGAAUGGUGAUAUAUAGCGUCAG